UUUCUUUUGUCUCCAUCUCCUUCGCUUUCUCGCUUCCCCUUUCACUCUACCAGUCCUCUACCCUCUGAAAAUCUCGCUACCUUUCCUUUUCCUCUUUCUCUGCCUUUACUGGGUUACAGGCAAAAAAAAAAAAAAAAAAAGAGCCGCCCUUAAGCACACUCUUUCUGGGCAGCUCUUUCUGCUACUAAAGGUUCAUUUUUCAAGCUCAAAACCCGUAUUUGCACUAGGGUUUUCACUCCAAUGCCCGCAUCUUGAAUCUCCUCCCAUCUGGUUCGUGUUUCGUGCUGCUCUCGGACUUUUGAAGUAAUAAUGGGUGCAAAUGGGAAGAAUGUGUUUGUCUUUGGCGUCAUAUUCAUGCUGCUUUUUGCUGCUGCUGGCGUCUCUUCAGCUCCUAUUAUCAACUCUCCUGCAAGGAUCGUUAAUGGGGUUUUCUCGAAUACUUUGUCCGCUAUCAUGAAAUGGAUUUGGUCACUCAAAGCCUCCACGAAGACAGCAAUGUCUGCUCGUCCAUUGAUGAAGUUCGAGCCUGGUUACACUGUGGAGACCAUGUUCGAUGGAAGCAAAGCUGGGAUCGAUCCUCACUCUGUUGAAGUUCUGCCCAGCGGGGAGCUGUUGAUUGUGGACUCAACCAACAGUAACCUUUACAAGAUACCUUCUUCUAUGUCUCUAUACACCAAGCCUAAGCUAGUUGCUGGAUCUGCUGAAGGAUACUCUGGAUAUGUUGAUGGGAAGCCAGGUGAGGCAAAGAUGAAUCACCCAAAGGGAGUUGCUGUAGAUGACAGAGGAAAUAUAUAUGUUGCGGACACCAUGAAUAAUGCCAUCAGGAAGAUAAGUGAUUCAGGGGUUACAACUAUUGCUGGAGGGAAGCGAAUCAAUGGAGGAAGCCAUGUAGAUGGAGCAAGUGAAGAUGCCAAAUUCUCAAAUGAUUUUGAUGUAGUCUAUAUGGGAAGCAGUUGUUCCCUCCUUGUGAUAGACAGAGGAAACAAGGCUAUUAGAGAGAUCCAACUCCACUUUGAUGACUGCGCAUAUCAAUAUGGAAGUGGCUUUCCAUUUGAGAUCGUGCUUCUUCUAGCAGCUGGCCUUUUUGGUUACAUGGUCGCUUUCCUCCAGCGUAGGAUGGGAACAAUUGUUUCUUCACAGGGUGAUCAAGGUGUGAUGAAGUCUAGCAUGGCUGAAACUCCAGCAGCUCCCCAACCACUUAAGUCUGUUAGGCCACCAUUGAUCCCAACUGAAGAUGACCAAGAGAAGCAAGAGGAAACCUUAUUUGCAUCCCUUGGAAAGCUUUUUGCCAACGCGGGUGCAUCUUUCAUGGAGAUUGUGGGAGGAAUAGCUCCUGGAUUUAUGAAGAAGUCAGUUACCUAUCAUCAAUACCAGAACCAGCAGCAGCAGCAAAGACAUUCAGCUGGUUGGCCAAGUCAGGACAGCUUCGUAAUACCAGAUGAAGAUGAGCCUCCCACUGUUGAAGCGAGGACCCCUACGCCAAGGAGGAAAACAUAUGCUUUCAUGUCUAAAGAUGCAGAAAAGAUGAACAGGUGGCGGCAGGGUCGCUCUUUCUAUGGUAGUCAAGAUGGCGAGAUGCCACAGCAACAACAUCAGCAGCAGCAACAACAACCGCAUCCACAACAGCAUCAACACCAGCAGCAUCCGUAUCAGCAUCCACAUCAGCAGCAUUCUUCACAGCCACAGCCGCAACCGCAGCCGCAGAAACAGCCAAAGCAGCAUCGCCAUCAUCGGUAUCAAUCCACCACCCCUGGUGCUCCAUAUACCUACUAUGAACAGAGCCAUGAGAAAACCAAUGAGAUUGUGUUUGGAGCAGUUCAAGAGCGUGAUGUGAAGCAUGAAGCUUCAGUGAUUAAGCCUGUUGAUUAUGCGGAUCCCAUGUACAACCACCACAGCAUUCGAGUCCGUUCUACUUCUACCUAUGGCAAUAAUGCCUAUUGAAGCUUAGAUGAAGAUUGGCAAUUUUGGCUAGCAAGUAACAUCUGUCCCUCGUCCAUCUGCUGAAGAAUGGCAAUUUUGGCUAGCUAGUAACAUCUGUCCCUCGUCCUUGUGGUUAAGAAUGACAAUUUUCGCUAGCUUAUGGGAAAUUUUAGAUUAAACUUGGGAAUGAGGUCUAUUUUCAGAUGUUAGAAGUGUUGGGGAAGAAGCUGGUGUAGUGCUUUCAAGGUUUUGCUCGUCCUGGUUGAAGCUAUGUACUUAUAUAGGCGGGUUGCCUAAAGUGACAGUUAUUAUGAUUAUGUAAAAGCCAUGUUGAAAAUUUGUGAAAUGCAAUUUUGGUAUUUGCCCGCAUAGAAUUUAGCUUGUAGCUUAUAAUUAGCGGAGAAUGAGAAAUAAUACUAGG